CACCCCCCACCCCCCGAAGACUAGGAGGAGAAGCAUGAGAGAACUGGUCUAGAGAGGCUGCCCCACUCUACACCUGUACGCACUUAGCUAGAGGCAGCUAGUUGGAAGAGGGUUUGUGGGACGGCGCAUGUACAGUUCUGUGUGUCUCAGACAGACAGCUCUCUUGGGAAUCCAGCUGUCCCGCUGUCCUUGGGAAAGUUCUGCUACAGGCUCCCACACUGAAGGGAGGCUGUCCCUUGCAGGGCACGGUGCUGGACCUGGAGAAGCACUGGGAAUUCUGGGAGGCCUGGGUCCAGCCACAUGUUGUGUCUGGACACUGCUACUGUUCUAAGGGGAAGGUCUGCAGGGGCAAUGCUGACUUUUUAUAACUGUGUGGGAAUCUGCAGGCUGGCUGGGGCCUGAUAGCACAGCUAUAUUUGGUCAGAUGGCAAGGCCCCUGCCUCAACCUCUAGAGCUCAAGGAAGCCAGCCUGGGCGUGGAGCCAGGGAAAGAGGGCGGGUAGGAAAGGAAAACUGCUGGAAGACUGCCCAAGGAGGCCGUCACGAACAGGUGGAGCCUGGGCACAGGUGGGUCUUGUCUGACCCACUGAUGCUUUUUUGAACCAGAUUUGCAGGCUGGCGCGUACUGAGUAGUGCCGCCCACUUAGAGUGAGCACACAACGUCCAUUUUGCCCCCCUCCCCCAUGCCACCUCCCUUAUUUGUCAGCAAUGGCAUCAGUGUGUGACCUCCUGUUAGCAGGCUCGAGGAAGCUGUUUGUUCUCUCGGCACCCCAGCUCUGCACUGCUCUUCCCGUGGGGCUGGGGGAGGGGGAGGGGGAUCCAGCUAGGACAGGGCCCCGAGUCUAUCAGAAGAAGGCUAGGAGACAGGGUGUAGGUCCCAGGGUUGAGUUGGGACACUUGGGGACAUUUAGGAAAAGGACAUGGUUCCUUUUGAGGAACCAUGUGACACUCCUGAGUUAGGAUGCCUCUCCUCUGCUUUACUCUGAAUGUCAUGCACACGAGCGUGUGAUUCUGUGUGUAUGCAUGUGUCAGGGUGUGUGUGCAUGCGUGCGUGCGCGCACACUCUUCUUCAAGCAUCCUAUCAAGUUCUCCGUGGGACAUUUCAGCCAAGGACUGGAGUCUCCCUACGUUGGAGUAAUUAGAUAUUCACCCCUGUACGCGUUAAAGCGCUCAGAACGUCACACGUCAUCACGUCACUCUGGAGGCCCUUCUAGAAUCCACAGCCAGGCCGGGGCUGGGAGGGCCCAGGUGGACAGGGAGGUGACACCUCAGCUCUCUUUUUAUUUCCUUGGUGCCGGCUGAAGAUGCGCCAGGAGGAGAAGACCAGCUACAUGGCGGUGCAGUCGAGUGAGGACGGGCUGGCGGAGGGCGGCGAGCUCCCCGGACCGCUCAUGAUGCUGGCCCAGAACUGUGCGGUCAUGCACAACCUGCUGGGUCCCGCCUGCAUUUUUCUCCGAAAGGGUUUUGCUGAGAACAGACAACCUGACAGAUCAUUACGACCAGAGGAGAUCGAAGAGCUCCGAGAGGCCUUCCGGGAAUUUGACAAGGACAAGGACGGUUACAUCAACUGCCGGGACCUGGGGAACUGCAUGCGCACCAUGGGCUACAUGCCCACCGAGAUGGAGCUCAUUGAGCUGUCCCAGCAGAUCAACAUGAACCUGGGUGGCCACGUGGAUUUUGAUGACUUUGUGGAACUGAUGGGCCCUAAACUCCUGGCGGAGACGGCGGAUAUGAUCGGUGUGAAGGAGCUGAGAGACGCCUUUCGCGAGUUUGACACCAACGGUGACGGCGAGAUCAGUACGAGCGAGCUGCGAGAGGCCAUGAGGAAGCUCCUGGGUCACCAGGUGGGACACCGGGACAUAGAGGAAAUUAUCCGAGACGUGGACCUCAAUGGAGAUGGACGCGUGGACUUUGAAGAGUUUGUCCGGAUGAUGUCUCGCUGAGGCCACCGAGGGGCUCCUCCAGGUCUGCCAACUCCCACAGGCGGGGAGAAGAGCUGAGCUCGCCUCACCCCGCAGUAGCUGCCGAGAGCCCAGGAUGUAUGGCGGAUGGGGCCUGCCUGCACCCCGGGGAGGUGCCCACCCCGGACCCCCACCCCUCCGCACUGUGAAAGACUCACAACUCCUGCAACUGGAAAAGGGGGCGCCCGCCGGCGAGGAGGCCACAGUGCCAAGUCGGCAGAGGACAUGCAAGGCGCCGAGUGUCAUGUGCCCAGCCGCUGCUGGCUGGGUGGGCCAGGGAGCCCGCCAGCAGACCCCACACAGCAAGCAUGUCUGCCCCGGGGCAGAGCCUUUCGGAGCCCUCCCGAUGCCCGUCCCAGCUCGCCUAGCCCUUUGAUCUCAGA